GCCCAGUUGCGGUGACGUCAGCGGGGCGGGGCCUAAGCUUUGGAAAGAGGCGCGCAUGGGGGAGGCCUCUGCCCCUGAGUGUGGGCGCAGCGGAGGUUCCUUCCUCCGGGCCCUGGAGCGGCACUGGGCACGGGCAGGCUUCGGCCUCGAUGGGAAGCCUGCGGAGGCAGCCUGGCAGUGCUUGGGCCGCGCCCUAGGUCGGGACAGUCCCGGGGACCUCCUCUGCGGCUACAACCUCAUCUCCAUCUCUGACCUACAGUCCCAACAACGUGAGCCUUGCUGUAGCCUUCUUACAUGGAGCUCUGAAAAGUUCAAUAAAUGGGUUCAUGAGAAUGAAGGCCUUUUGCCAAACCAGAGGGUUUUGCAACAGAUGCACUUGAUCCUCUUCGGCUACUUAACAAACGAAAGACCUGGGGAGAAAGACAGACAGGCGGAUGGCAGUUUGUAUGUGCAAGAUAACACUGGCAUAUUGCCCUGUGAGCUCCUGCAUUUCAAGCUUGAUUGGCUGGGAUGUUUGUUACUGUUUCCCAGUUGGGCCUUCAUUCCCCAAAGGGAGCAAUAUGUGGAAAUUCUGGAGGAUCCUAUCCCAGUUAUACCUGGCCCAGAGAAGACUAUUACAAUUGUCCCUGUCUUCUAUCCGGGAUCAGCUGCACAACUGCUCAACGAUAGGAUUCUUCUUUUGUUUAGGCCUCGGUGUAAGCAGCAGGGAAAGUUGAAUGUGGCUGGUGAACUGAUCAGACUAAGCAAUAUUCUUCACAUGCACCACAAAACCUUCUUCUUCCUGUUCCUGAAGUGCUUUCAUUCAGCCUCUUGUGUCCCAAUACUUGUACAAAAGCCUUCCCAUUUAGUUUGGCGUCAUGUAUUGCAGCUGGGGCAUAGAUAUAUCUUAACUGAUUUGAAGAUAUCUUGCCUGAAAACUUCUGAGAUCAAUAUAUUCAUUACCAGCUCUUCCUCAAAUCUUCAGCUGUACUGUGUGGAACACAUGAAGGAGCAAUUUCUGGACAACGCUACAGAGAGAAAUCUAGCUGUGUCUAUUUCUUCCAUGACCUCUGCGCUGCCAAAUGCGAUAUUGGAUAUAAAAGAGAAAGACAAGAUAGCAGUUCCUUGUAGGAAAACCAGAAUGAUGUCCUACACAGGCACUAUUACCCAUGUGCUCAAUGCCCAAGCUGGCCUUUUUGAACUGGAUAGCAAGUUCAUUCUUUGCCUUGCUUAUCAGCAGUUGCUGAAUUUUGGCCGUGGGCUUCGACCGGGGGCUUGCAUACAGCUUCAAGAUGCCCACCUUGUUCAGGACGCUGUGGCUAUUUCCCCCUCCAUUCUUGGCACUUGUUUGCACAGCACCGUUGUGCUAAAGAGUUUUUCGGCAUACAGUACUUUACAUCAGCCCAUUACUUACUUCAAAAAUGUGUAUAUUCAACUGCUCUUGCGUUAUAAUAUAAGCCUGCCGUUUUAUCGGUGGGUAGUCAGCUUAUUAGAGACAUUUCAGCAGAGGUUCAGUUAUUUCAUUCCUUGCCAGCAAGCUGUAAGUGCAGCAAAGAAGUUUAUCGUUCCUGUUCUGGAGUCUUUGGGGCUAUCCAGGAAACAAGAAAGAAAUGUGCAUCUGGAGAUUCUGACAGAACCACACUCCUGUCCCAUAGAACAGAAUGCGUCUCUGGAGCCACCAUGUCAGAUUCCACCUUUUUCCGUGUUGUAUCGUAUGAUUGAGAAGCACUAUUGGGAGAGCUUCAGUCCCUUGCAUCAACUAAGUUCAACCUCAGAGCACCACAACACCCAGGAACUAAAUCAUAAAUUGGACUGGUCCUAUUGCAAUUUUUCUCCGGAGAGCUUUCACCCUCCCAUAGUUUUGCUUGGUGUGCUGGAGUGCUCCAGAAGAGGAUACCUCAAGUUACAAGACAGAUAUAAAGCACUUCCUUGUGUAAUAUUCCACAAAGAUGGCCGACCAUUUGCCGAAACAUCUCUGCUAGGGUGCCUGCUGCAGGUUAAAAUAUUUCAGUUUAUAGUGGAGCAAUUUCAUCAAUGUAAUGUUUCUUCCUGUCAGCAGCUGGAGACACACACGCAUGUAAAGAACAAGAAAACAAGGAUAUAUGUUCAAUUCUUUUUUGAAGAUGCAAAGAUAAUUUAUACUCCUGAAGAGGAGGUUCCAAAGGGCCCCACACUCUUUGAAAAUAGAAAUGCCGAGAACCCUACCAUCAAGGAAAACACUCUUUCUGGAGUGAAGGGCAAUGAUACCUCAGCAGCUGAGCACAAAUCCUCAGAUGUAUUAAAUAAGGGAAGGACAAAACCAGAAGCAUGUAUGCCGGAACAUUCUGUGGAUAGUAGCUAUGUGUCACGUCUAUUUCUGGUGACUCAAAAAGAGGGGCUUUCACAGCGCAACUAUCUGUCCAGGUCAGAAGGCAAGAGAGAAGAUGGUCAAGCAGCACCACUUUGCUUUCAGGUCACAGUGCUGUGGAUGAACAAACCUGAGCUGUGCAAGGGUCCGGUAGAAAAUGCGAGCCAUAUGAUCUCUCCUAUUGAAAGGACCAAUGAAGGCCAUACAAAUGUUUUGCUGUUGUUCCAGCAGAAAUCACUCCGGUGGUUCACAUUCCUACACCCUGAUCAUAUGUAUCAGCUCAUCAUACCUGAGUGCCUGGACUUGGGUGUGUUUGACAAACUGUGCUCCUCACUGGAACCAGGCUGCCUCUUGAAUUCAUUGAAUGGCUCCUUGUUUCUGCCUGUCCCUGAUGCUGCUCUCCUGCAUCACGUGAGCCAGAUUUCUAAGCCAGUUUCACCUGUGAUGGAACAAAAGCUCUUCUCCAUUGAAGAGAUACUCAGCGUUAGGUUUACAGGAUCCCUUGUCUCUUUCUCUGGAGAAGUAGUGGAGAGGCAUUUGUGUGAAUCUUUCACUGGAAGGAAAUCAAGAACAGAUACCCAGCAAAAGGCAAGCCCUCUGUCCUUGGACUGGACUGUAAAACUGAGCAUAUCACCAGCAGCUGCUUCCCCAUUUUGGCUAGAUGUGUACAUUGAAGCAUCUUUCCUGCCAUAUCUUUUGGGGGUCCUUCCAGGAGCCAAGAUAAUAUUCCAGAAUAUGCAGCGUAAAAUGUCCAGAUUCAGCAAUGUUUACUGUACUUACAUUGCCUCGAGCUGCAUGUGCAUUCUGACUCCUCCACUUAACAGCCUUCCUUACCGGCAUCUGGCUCUCACUUCGGUCCUUUCAGGAGUACAUUUGUACAAUGUAGCACUUCAGCCUCCUACUCCGUACCAAGUAGAGGUCACUUGCCACGUGACUUGUGUCCUUUUUCUGUCUCUCAGUUGGACUUGCUCUAUCUGCAACAGUGCCUUUAUAGAGGGCAGGUGCAGCCAGAAUCAUCCAACUUGUUUGUCACAUACUGGAGUGAGUAACAUGAAUGCUAAAAUCCUAGUAGAAGAUGGCACAAGUGAGUUUGCGGUGUCAUGCAAGAACCAGCAGGUGCAGAAAAUCCUGUCUCUGAGCCCUAAGGAAUGGAGUAUUAUAGAAAGUCAUAUUAAAAGCAAGGGCACUAUCUACAUUCAGCCCAACCAAGGGAGAACUGAAGAGCCUGAAGACAUACUCGCUUGGUAUCUAAGAAGCUUAUGUAGAAGCCCCCUUGUCUGUCGGACCAUUCAGUUGACUUUCAAACUGGAUAGAAAAUUCUCUAGGAUUCAGGAGGCAGGACCACGACAGUUAAGAAGGUUUUGCUCAAAUGAAUUAGAAUUCGAAAGCCAUACAAGGGCUGCCUACAACUUGCUAUGUCUAAACAUCAAGGAGGAUACAUAAACAGUGGAAAGAGACAAGCUGAACAAUAUACUUGUUUCCCAUUAUUUGUCCUGCAUAGAGGAAGAAUGAAGAUGUUAUUUUUAUAUGUACUUUAACAUUUGGAAGAAACAUGGACAUUUUUAUCAGCUACAAUACAGUAUUCUGAAAAACACCCUAUUCUCUUUCAAUAUAUGUAUUAUAUUAUAUAUGUAUGCUUAUAAUACAAAUGUACAGAAAAUAAAUUUUGUUUAUUAAAUGCAAUAAAAAUGUUUAUAUUUUAAUAAAA